AAUGUCCAGUUUUCCCCGACUCUCAGAACAGUUCGUGUUCAAUAUUAGCAGCGAUUGCACAUAGGUAGUUUUAAAAAUAUAAACAAUGAAAUUUUUUGUGCUUUUGAGUUUUGUCGUUCUCGUAUCGUUAUCGACAUGUUGGGGCCACGACCUGAUUGUUGGCACGAGUUUCAACACGCGGCUGAUUUGGCAACAAAAAGCUAAUUACAUGGCUAUACCAUUUAAGAAGAGAGUAAAGGAAAUUUUCUACUCUGAUCCAGGACAACAGAUAAUCAGGGGUAUAAUCGUCAGAGAUUUGGACCACUCGGAGGGAAGCGCUACCAUAACAGCGGGUGGCCCGGGUUCCACCUUCGUCAAUAUUCGCCUGAAGAGCGCCAGAGGAAGUAGUCUUAAUUACCAAAUGGAGGUUUAUGUGUGAUUUUUGAGAUCUGCUAUUAAUUAGCUACUAAUAAUUUUUCGCCAGUACCUACCUACUCUAAAAUAAAUAAGUACUUAGCUUAAA